CACGUAACGCGUUUCUAAGGUAUCGGACGAGGUUUCGAUAAGCUGAACGUGGGCAAAGUUCACGAGAAUGGAGCAUUUGGAUGAGAAUCGAACCUCCGGGUCGGCGAACAUCGAGGCGACGGCUGGUAGCGCGGAAAAUGAAGAUGGCUUCGAUCUCGACGAUCUUUUACCGAUCGUCGGCGAAUUCGGCCGUUAUCAGAAACAACUUCUCUGGCUCGUGUGCCUUCCGGCGUGUCUCCCAUGCGGCUUUUGCGCCUUCAACCAGCUGUUCAUGGCCGACACGCCACCCCACUGGUGCAAAGUGCCGGGGUUGGAGAGUCUGGAUGUCUCUCGAAGAAGGAGACUCGCGAUUCCUACCAUUCAGGACGACAAUGAAACGUACAGUCAAUGCACGCGAUACGAUAUCGAUUGGACGGCGGAAAACAUUUCCGUGGUGACAACAGCCUCGUUCGUGGCAAAUUCAUCGUGGCCCGUUGUUCCAUGCGAUCAUGGUUGGGAGUACGAGACGUCGGAAGUGAAAUCUUCUAUCGUUAUCGAUUUUAAUCUCGUAUGCGAUUAUGCGAUUUAUCCAACGAUCGGAUUAGUCGCUUUAAACACAGGUGGACCAAUUGGGGUGUACCUUUUCGGUACAUUGAACGACAGAAUUGGCAGAAGAUUGUCCUUCUUCACGUGUCUGGCCACUUUGAUAACCGGUGGAUUUUUGACAUCCAUAUCGAACAGCUUCUGGACGUGGGCCGCAACAAGGGUGGUCGUCGGUUUGACCAUCCCGGCUAUUUAUCAAAUUCCGUUUAUUAUAUCUUUGGAACUGGUUGGCCCAAAUUAUCGAUCAUUCGUGACAGUGAUGACUUGCAGUUUCUAUACAAUGGGAUUGUGCAUGUUGGCCGGUGUCACGUAUUUGAUAAGAGAUUGGAGAACGUUAGCCGUAGUCACGAGUGCGCCGUUUCUUUUGUACAUCCUAUACUGGUGGUUCUUGCCAGAGUCACCGAGAUGGUUGUUGGCGAAGGGUCGGUUGGGCGAGGCGAACGAUAUAUUGGAACGAUUGGCGAAAGUAAAUGGAAAAGAGUUGCCACUUUCUUUCACGCAAAAAUUACGACAACGAAUGAUGAUGUCACGGUCCAAAAGUGAAGAAGAAAGAUUACGAAGCGGUCCUGGUGUUUUAUCACUUUUCAAAACUCCAAAUAUGCGAUUAAAAACGUGCCUGAUCACUCUAAAUUGGUUCGCGAACAACAUGGUUUACGUCGGAUUAUCGUAUUAUGGGCCAGCAUUGGGUAACGAGGAACACUUGAGCUUCUUCUUCUCAUCUCUUGCCGAGAUUCCGAGCUACAUGGCUUGCUGGGUCGUGAUGGAUCGAUGGGGUCGCCGUUGGCCUCUUUGCCUGUGCAUGGUGGUGGCUGGAAUCUCGUGCAUUACCACAGUUCUUUUGUCACCCGAUGCGGUUGUGACCACGCUAAUUCUAUUCCUCUUAUCGAAAUCCGCGAUAUCGGCCUCCUUUCUAAUUAUAUAUCCGUUCGCCGGUGAACUUUACCCCACGCAAUUGCGCGGCGUAGCGAUCGGUUUCUCUGCCUACAUCAGCGGUCUCGGAUUAAUAAUCAUUCCCUUUGUUACGUAUCUCGGGAAGGAAAACUUGGUGCUGCCCCUCGUAAUUCUUGGCGUCGUAUCUGUGAUCGGCGGAUUGUCCGGCCUGCGUUUGCCCGAGACUCUGCAUCAUCGAUUGCCCCAAACCGUCGAGGAAGGGGAAUUGUUCGGGAAGGAUUGGACCUGUGCCGAUUGUUUUCGUUGCGUACCAACCAAGUUUCGUUUCUUUGGAUGGAUUGUAGACCUUCGUCGGCGGCUGCGUCUUACGAGGAUCUGUCGGCGAGAGAGACGGUGGAGAUGCACGAAGUACCCGAGGCGCCGAUACCUCAGAGGUUGUUGGAGGAUCAGCAAAGACCGAGCGGAGCGAGCGUGCGCCGGCUUGUUAGGCAAUCCAGCGUGAUGGACACGCAACGGGAUUCGGACGGGUCCAUUAAGAUGACUUAUUGGUUUUAGAUUUUGAAUCGAGCAUCGAGUUUCGAAAUAAAAUCUAGAGACGCUAUCGAAUCGAAAGGGAAGUAUUACAACAUACCGUUGCAGCAUUGGCGGUGAAUUUUUUUGAGCUUUGCUCCCACACGAGUUGAAAUAUAUAUAUAUAUAUAUAUAUAUAUAUUUGUGUAUAAUAUUUUUGGUCUGAUAUCGAUAUCUAAUGCGACGAAUUUUGCAUUUUGUAAUGAUGAUAUUGCUAUUUUAAUUUAAAAAGUUAGUUUACUUCUGACAUUAACAGAUUCGAAAGCAAUUUUAUAAUAAAAACAGAAAAAAAAAAAAAAUUAAAAAAUACCAAAAGGAAAUGAUGUUAUUUUAAAUAUAACAUAAGUAAUAUAUACAAUAUAACAUAAAUAAUCUUACACGACAACAUAUUUUGCCAUAUAAUCAAACAUAUAUCCAAGUCAAAUUAUGUUAUUUUCCGCUAUUUUAGAUUUUGUAAUAAUUAUGCGAUUCUAUUUUAAAAUUAUUAUAUUUAGUUUAUCGGUUUAGUUUUUUUUUUUUUUUUUUUCAAAUUAUAAAUUGAUCUUUACGCUCGGUUCAAUAGGAUCAAUAAGAUAAUUCGGAAAUCGAUCGAUAAUCUAGAAAAUAAUGAAGAAUAGAAGUAAUGAAAUAUUUAAUUAAAAUUGGAAAAUUCAUUUAAUAUUCGUUUUGUGUUUUUGAAGAGAUAAAUUGCUUAUAUAAUUCAGUGAUAAGAUAUCUCUUGAAAUUAUAUGUUUUCAAGCUAGUUAUUAAUCUUCAUCUAUGAAGUUUACGUACAAGGUAAUUUUUAUAAGGUAAGGGAAAAAAACGGAGCUGGUUAUGAAAAACACAUUGUUUUACUCGUGUACAUUUUGCAAUUUAUUUCCAUAGUUGGUAUACAAAACACGAAGAUUAAAG